AUUGGAGAGAACAUGGGCAAAAAUCCAAGCAACCCAAACACAACAACCAGCCACAAUGCCGUCUCUAAUAUCGUCACCGGCGAAGGACAAGUCGGAUAGGAAGCAUAAGUGCAAGGAUGGCAAGGAGAAGAAGCGGAAGCGCACGCAGGAGGAGGAUGGGCACAAGCACAAGUCGAAAAAGCAUAGGCACGACAAGUCGGCGGAUGUCGAGGAGAUAAUCGAGGAGGAAACCACUGCUGCACCGGCCCAGGCGCAGAACCCAGCCUCGACGAAAGAGUCGCCGUUUCACGUUCAAACUUCGUCCUUAUACCUGCCAUUGGCCCCGAUCUCCCAGAGGACGCCGAUCGAGGGCAUCUGUGCCGAGCACCUGUCGCCGUUAAUACUCACCUACUACCCGCCUUUCCACGGUGUCGUCCUGUCGUACAGCAAUCCUCGCCUCGCGGAAGCGCCGUUCGGGAAUGAUGGGGCGCAGGUCAUGAUGAAGAGCACGGAUGAGUACGCUGUUAGCUGGACGUGGGUGACGGCGGAGUUUAUGCUGUUUAAGCCGACUAGGGGAGGGUGGUUGGAGGGGUACGUCAAUUUGCAGAAUGAGGGACACCUUGGCAUUGUCUGCUGGAACCUCUUCAAUGCUAGUAUCGAGCGGCAGAGAUUGCCUAAGGACUGGAAGUGGGUUGGCGCUGAGGACUUGGAGGGGGAGGGAUAUGCUGAGGACGGUGUUGGAUACUACGUCGAUGGGGCGGGAACCAAGAUUGAGGGGAUUGUCAAGUUUCGGGUCAAGGAUAUUGAGUCGUCGCACGAUAGGGAAAGGGGAUUCCUCAGCAUAGAGGGGACGAUGCUGGAGGACAAGGAUGAGAACGAGCUUUUGGAGGAGGAGAAUGCGUCGAGGAGUACGGAUGAGAGCACGACUGGGAGAAGGUUGGGUGGAUCGCGGGCUCUGGGCGCAACGAGUUUGGGUGUACCAGCUUUGCCGACUGAGGAAGAGGGCGGUAGGAAGCGUGGCUUGAAGGAGUACUGAGUUAAUAACGAAAAGCUUUAUG